CACACCAGAGGCGCGGGGAAGAGGAGACAGAAAAAUACAAGGCAGAGAAACAUCACGAUGAAGCUUCAAGUUGCCUGCGUGAUUCUCAUCCUCGUCAUCACUGCUCAGAACUCCUGCUGCUUCCAGGGCCAGACAGCAAAUCCUGCUGGUUUGUUAACGCAAUGGAUGGAACCCAAAGAAGAAACUCAGGGUCUGCAGGCCCUGCUCCGGAGAGCCAAGCGCCACAACACCCACUUCCCCAUCUGCACCUUCUGCUGCAAGUGCUGCCGGAACCAGGGCUGCGGCUUCUGCUGCCGCACCUGAGCCAGCCGGCCGGACCCCAGCAGCACUCGGGGGAGCCGUCCCGCCAGCCCGGCUCCCCCCAGCGCUGCCGCCUCUCACCCCCGCAGCCGCCUUAUUUAUUGCUCCGUUUGCUUCUCGCUGUUUGUUAGGGGACAUUAAAUGUGAUUUUUAAAGUCAUGAGCCUGUUGUCAUAGUUACUGAAUUGGACCCAGGAGUCCUGGC